AUGGAAAGUUGGGAAGAAAUAAGUGAACAUUCGUACCUUUUGAAUCAUGCACAAAGUGUGGAAAAGAUCUACAAUCAUAAUUUUAUGAAUGAAAACAUAAAAAAGGCGUCUUUCAAUAAAACGCUCUUCAACAUAAACGUUCCGUACGAUCAUCGUGAGGAGACGAAGAACGAUGAAAACCGGAGUGCUAAAAAACGAAAACGUAUGAAAACGAUCGGAACUUUUGACGAAAUAACUCAAAGGGUUUUCGAAAAUCAUUCUUCUGUUCAACAUAAACUGAAAAGAAAUGCAAAUCAAUUAAACACAAACAACAAGCAAGCUCUUGAAUUUGUGGAUCAGUUCAACAGCUCAACCAAUUACGAUGGUGAAAAACGUUUUCGGGGGCAAAACACAACGGAUUGUACCAUUGUCACCGAGAUGGAUGGUGAACAGUAUCUGAUACCUCCCCGAGUAUCGUUCAUCAAUUCCUCUGUCGACAGAUUCGCGGAAUACAUCGAGCAGAACGAAACAUUUGAUCUAAUCGUUCUCGAUCCUCCGUGGUGGAACAAAUACAUUAGACGUGUGAAAGCUGUUAACAGUAAAGCUAGCUACCGAAUGCUCACAAAUGAGGACAUAAAAGCGAUCCCCUUGGAAAGACAUCUGCACCAGAACACUUUAGUGGUUGUCUGGUGCACCAAUGCACCUUCCCAUAUUGAGGCGGUGUCGACAGAUUUUUUCUCCAAAUGGGGAGUAGAAUUAGUAGCUUGCUGGUACUGGAUAAAGAUUACCACCUCAGGCGCACCGGUUUGCAAAUUUAAUGAACCGCACCAGAAACAACCAUACGAGCGUAUCUUUAUCGGUUUGCCGGCCGAUUCAGCCAUGGCCAAAACAUUUCCUCGCGAACGGUUCCUUUACUCGGUACCAAGUGCAAUACAUUCACACAAACCACCGCUUCAUGAUUUAUUCACAUCGAAAUAUUUACCGCAACAGGCCACCUGCUUAGAGCUAUUCGCACGCAGCCUCUAUUCGGGCUGCACCUCGUACGGAAUGGAAGUGUUAAAAUUGCAAAACAAACGCCUAUACGAACUGGCCAUUGAAGACGAAGAUUGA